AUGGCUCAUUUGAUAGCAGCAAGCUACCCCAACAUAUCAGGAAAACUCUGCGCAGAGAUUUCAUGUGGAUUUACUGCUACUCUUUCUAGACCAGCAAGGAGGACUAAAUUGAAAAUGAUUCAUUUUGAGGGGCAGUUUGAGAGAUCAGAAAUUAAGGCUACUUGUUGUGUGGUGCAUUGCUGCAGUACCAGUUCAUCAAGCUCAUCAGCUGCUGAGGAAGUUGGGUUUGUGGGGAGUGGGAAAUUUGGUAUUGAUAGAAAGGGAGAGUUUAAGUAUUUGGUGAGUGAGUUUGGUUGGAAGGUGAGGAGUUUGUUUAGGAAUGGAGAUGAGGUGAGAAGGGCAGCUCAAGUUCAAGCUGAAGCAUUCCAUGAGCCUGUGUUUCUCUUCAAUGAUCUCUUCUUCCAAUUCUUCCAGGCUGAAGUGCUUUCUGGGCUUGUAUAUAAACUUAGGAACUCACCUCCGAAUAGGUAUGCCUGUUUGGUUGCUGAGCCUACACUUGACACUUCCAACUCACAAGAAGACCUUGUGGGUGUAGUGGAUGUUACAGUGUCGAGAGACCGGGAUGUGCUUCAGCAUCUGCCGUCGGAGGCAGAGGAAUAUCUUUACGUGUCUGGGAUAGCUGUUUUGAAGAGUUUCAGGAGGAAGAAAGUAGGGAGUGUUCUGCUAAAGGGGUGUGAUAUGCUCUCAGUUGAAUGGGGUUUCGAGUAUCUUGCUCUCCGGGCUUAUGAGGAUGAUUUGGGUGCUCGCCAAUUGUACUCCAGGGCAGGCUACCGAGUUGUCUCAGGUGAUCCCCCAUGGCUGUCUACUUGGUUUGGAAGAAAACGCCGCGUUCUCAUGAUCAAACACUCUAAACUAACUUAA